CGCGGAGGUGUUGUCUCUGUUUUAGACGAUGAGCUCAGCCUGCUGGUCGUGAUCAUUGACACCAACCCCAUCUGGUGGGGGAAGAGGGCGCUGGGAGAAGGUGAGCAGUUCACCCUAUCAAAAUGCAUGGACGCAGUGAUGGUGCUGGGAAACUCCCACUUGCUUAUGAACCGCAACAACAGGCUUGCCGUGAUAGCGAGUCACACACAGGAAAGCCGUUUCUUGUACCCUGGGAAGGGUUGGGCUGCUGCAGAGCUCUUUGGAGAUGGUGGUAGUUCCAUGGAAGCGAAUUGCUCUGGCAGCAAGGAUGGAAAAUAUGAGUUGUUAACAGCAAUCAAUGAUGCAAUUGCAGAAGAGAUUAAAGACCUCAUGACAAAAAGUGACAUGAGGGGCCAGCAAACCGAAACUCUGUUAGUAGGAUCACUCUCUAAAGCCCUCUGUUAUAUCAACAGGAUGAGCAAAGAUGUGAAAGGCAAUCAAGAAAUGAAAUCAAGGAUUUUGGUCAUAAAAGCAGCGGAAGACAGUGCAUUGCAAUAUAUGAACUUCAUGAAUGUUAUCUUUGCAGCACAGAAACAGAGUGUUUUGAUUGAUGCUUGUGUGUUGGACUCUGAUUCAGGUCUCCUACAACAGGCUUGUGACAUUACGGGUGGCAUAUAUCUGAAAGUGCUCCAUAUGCCAUCCCUUCUGCAGUAUUUGCUGUGGGUGUUUCUCCCUGAUCAAGAGCAAAGAUCACAGCUUGUCCUUCCACCUCCCAUUCAUGUUGACUACAGAGCUGCAUGCUUCUGUCACCGAAACCUCAUUGAAAUCGGUUACGUGUGCUCCGUGUGCUUGUCAAUAUUCUGCAACUUCAGUCCUAUCUGUAGCACAUGCGAGACUGCUUUCAAAAUAUCACUGCCACCUGUCAUGAAAGCUAAGAAGAAGAAAUUAAAGGUGGCUGCAUAACUACGUUAUGUAAAUGCAUCAUUACCUCCUCUGGGAAUUAUGGAAGAUAGAAGAUGGAAUUGGAUCUGAGAGAACUGUAUGCAGUGUUAUUGCUUGUUUCUUAAGGGAUGAAUAUCCACAUUGUAUGUGUUCUACACAGCCCUCUAAGUAACAAAUGACUAUUGCCACGUAACCUGUGCUGGUUUAAACGUGAGAGGAACCAGCAGUUACAGCCUGCUAAGGCACAUACCCUGGCAAGGAGAAAAAGGUAUUCUGGCCAUUGCCAGCGUUUCACUCCUCCAGGUUAUAUUCAAAGGCAAGAAAACAGAUUCUUUUUGGGCACUGGUGUGAAGGUGAGAGUGACAUUUCUAGUGCAUAGGAUCAGCCCCUGAGCACUGUGUUGCUGAGGGACUUGAACUUCUUGCUAGGUUUUGCUAGCAGUGUUUGGCCUGCCCUACCUGUGCACUCAGGUGUUCAUGUUCCUUUGGCUGUCCUGUGUCUGUGGUAUUAACUUUCCUAAUCAGAUAUCUCUUCCUUUGUGAGUAAAAAGGCCUCCAUUUGUUUGAAGUAACUUCAGUAACUUCAGGCUGCCUGGUUGAUCUUUAGGGUUGUGUUUUGGAACUGGACAAGGUAAUUCUGUGCAGUAUGGCAGUUUAAUAUGUGGUGCUACAGCUGGCAUGUGACAAGUGAGAAUGAAGGCUUUUGCUUUGGUGGUUUUGGGGCAGAACGUGAGGGUGUCCUGUGAGCUUCUGAACAUGACUUUGAUUUAAACAUUCUCCCCCUUGUAAAAAGCAAUGGUACGGUUUGGUGUUUGAACUGGUUGCUUGUAACUGGUGUUCUCCUGAAGGGAAUACUGUUUCUGUAUAAAGGAAUACUGUUUCUGUAUAAAGGAAUACUGUUCCUGUAUAAAGGAAUACUGUACCUGUUUCCUGUAUUGAAAACCACAGAUCCUUGUUUCCCCCCAAGGUGUACCCAGGUAUUUCUGUCAUGUCUUGCUCCUUGCCUCAGCGUUUCUCAGUGUAACAGCUGCAAUGCCAGACUUUUACUGGCUCGUUUUGGUUGACGGCUGUAUUACAAUGUACUUUGUAUAAGAAGUUUGUAAUAAAACCUUUCCCUUUUCAAA